AAAUCCACUCCACCAGAGAUUGGGAAGUGGGAGGAAGCAGAGUUAGGAUCUGAGCGGUGUGAAUCUCGCUGUAGCAGCGGGGUGAAGGAGGUUCUGGUUCUGCGCUCAGUCGGAACCGCGCAGCGCGCUGGAAUGAGUGAGAGGAGCGGACAGCAGCUCUCCCUCUCUCAGCCACCUGGAAGUUUAGAGCCGCCUUCAAACUUUCGCCGGGGCUGCUCGCUCUGAGCUCAGUGUAGCUGGUCCGUUUGGUUCCUCCAUGGUCCUGCCUGGUUCUGGUCCAACCAGGUGAACUGCUGAAGCCGUUCGGGCUGCGGGGAGCUGCGUGGAGCUGCGGGGCUGGGCUACCUGUGCGCACACGGAGACUCCACUCUCUGUUUGACUCGACUGAGUUUUACGCGCUUCUGCUUUAGUCGGAGGAGCCGAACUGGGAUCCAUUAGGACGGUCAUGGAGCUACAGACAGGGGCUGGAAGCCUGCGGAGGGACGGCGGGGUGACCUCCAUGGUGACCCGGAGAGGAAAAGCCCCCCUAUGCGCUGCUGGACUCAUCCUCUGCUUCCAAGUUCUGUCCAUUCAGGCCAUUUCAUUCCAGUUCACCAAGGAGCCCAAGUCCCAGGAUGCUUUGCACGGCCGCAGCGCCAUGCUGCGCUGCGAAGUCAGCGAUCCGGCCAACAUCACGUACAUUUGGUUUAAAGACGACAGCCGUCUGAAAAACACAGAGAGGCGCUUUCAAGAGGGGAGCAACCUUAAGUUCAUCUCGGUGGAUCGACAGCUGGACGCAGGAAACUUCAGCUGCCGGGCGUCAAAUUCUGCUACUGGAGAACUUCUGUUGUCCACCACGGCCUCCUUCAAUAUUAAAU